CAUUGUAAUUCGUAUAAAUGGUAAUCGUUACAAGAAGUGCUUAUAAAAAAGCUUGUGAUAGUUUUAACAGCAGCGAAAUAUCACAGAAAAAUAUUAUACCACCAUGGUGCUCAGCAGGAAAAGUUUACGAAAGAAGCAAAUCUAAGAAAGUUGCACCGAAGUGGGAAAUGCGAUCCACGUAUCCGUUACGGGCAAACAUCUGGGAAUAUCUAUAUGAAGAUAACGUCGCGCAAAACUUCAACUGCAGCCGUAAAAGGAGACAUAGACGAUGUAAACAGACGUCGGUUAAGCAGACUGGUAGCAAAACUGCUGUUUGGAUGCUUAUCACUCUUGGUGCAGUGAUUGGUAUCAUAGUUCCAGUGUCGCUCUGGAGGACUAAUGUGAGCCGCGAAGGAAACUCGACAGCCGAGCCUAAAUUAAUAACAUUACCCGUGACAGACACAUCUAUUAGUAUGGAAUGCUGUACCGGAAUGAAAUAUCUUGCAGAACGACUGGCUAAAGCUGAACAAACACUCAGAAACACGCUACGUUCGCGGUCUCUGAUGCUGACUUCUAUAACGAAGAUAGAGUCUAAACACAUAGAUACACAGUACAUAGAAGGUGCGACAGCCUCAAUAGGUAGUGACACACGGGAGUGGGGCGGUCGCGUGGCGUUGUGGGGCGUCGUGCCGCUGUGGCGCGCGGCCCGGCCACCCGACACCGUGCUCUCACUGCGAAGACCUACCCUGGCAGACUGCUGGCCGUUCAUCGGUUCGUAUGGUGAAAUAAUAAUACGAUUACCGCAAGCACAGCGAGUGCGUUACGUCACAGUGGAACACAUUCACCCCGAUACGGCUCGGAGUGCGCCCAAGCAUUUCGUCAUAUACGGAGUCCUUGCGAAUGAUACUUUGAUAAAAGUUGUAAACGGACAAUACCGCGCAAAUGGGCCAUCGAAACAGUACUACCCACUAGCCUACAACCAAGUCGAGUUGAAGAGCUUGGUUUUCCGCAUUCUGACUAACCAAGGAAACAAGAGAUACACCUGUGUGUAUAGGAUACACUUUUAUGCUGGAGAAGAAAACAGCUUGAUGCAUUUUGUAAAUAAAUGAAGAAUGUCUGUA